CGCUCAUUCGUCUUUUUAUUUUUUUAUUUCAAUACAACUGUAAGUAUGGCUCGUACCAAGCAGACCGCGCGCAAGUCCACCGGUGGCAAGGCGCCCCGCAAGCAACUCGCCACCAAGGCCGCCCGCAAGACCGCCGUCACCUCCGGCGGUGUCAAGAAGCCCCACCGCUACCGCCCCGGCACCGUCGCCCUCCGCGAGAUCCGUCGCUACCAGAAGUCGACCGAGCUGCUCAUCCGCAAGCUCCCUUUCCAGCGCCUCGUUCGUGAGAUCGCUCAAGACUUCAAGACCGACCUCCGCUUCCAGUCCGCCGCCGUCCACGCCCUUCAGGAGGCUGCUGAGGCGUACCUUGUUGGCCUGUUUGAGGACUCCAACCUCUGCGCCAUCCACGCUCGCCGCGUCACCAUCAUGCCCAAGGACAUCCAGCUUGCCCGCCGCAUCCGUGGCGAGCGCGCUUAAGCGACUUGUGUGCUUUGAGCCUUUUCCAAGCGCCUCUCCUUUUCCCUCUCUCUUUCUCUUUUCUCUUGUGAUGGCGAGUUUUGAAUUUGCUGCAUCGACGUGAUGUUUGUUCUUUCUAGCUUGCCUCACUCUCAAAAAUCCAAAUAACAAAACAAAAAUCAAAAAAUUUACCUGGUGUUUUUCAACGCCACCAAUCCUCAAACCCUUCGAGAGAAACUUUUUCUUCUUUCUGCAUCUCAUGCUUUGUUGAUCUAGUUCAUUGUUGUCUGAGCUUUUCCAUUUGUAUAAAGUGCUGCCUGCACCUUUGUGAUUUCCACCGACACUUCUGAAAGAAGCCCGACUUUUUUCCAUUUCAAAAUGCUC